AGAACGUUUUAAAGAAGCAACACAACAUAAAGUUAAAAGGAAUGUUCAGGCUGACAUGUUUAAUGAUAUUUUAUUUCUGCAGACCAGCGCCAAUGCUCUCAUUUACGAAGUUCUGCUUCAGAUUGAAAAGAUUUUUAUGAACGAGGGGAUGCCAUCGUCGUGGAAUGAAACCUGCAAGUUGACGUUUCGCAACAACAUUUUCACCAAAGUGCAGGAGUUCGAGAAGUGUCUUCCUGCGGAUGCUGCUGAUCUCAGUGACAGAAGACUGGUGACACAUUUCGACGGGCUUCAGAAGAUUCUGAAAGAAAAGAACUACAGCUUCUGUGCGUGGGAGGCGAUCCGGGCCAACGUGAGGAGCCACCUGAUUCAGUUACACAGCGUGGCCAAGUGACGGCCAUUCGCGGACAGCGCUUUCCGUGUCUUAUAAAGCGCAUUCAUUUCAUACGUUGUGUCCGGAUAUCCAGUGAUGGAUUGGGCGGCAAUAACCGCGAAAAUCUCCUGACGGACAUUUCA